GCGGCGGCGGCGGCGGCGGCGGCGGCUGCGCGGUGAGCGAGGCGGACUGCACGGCGGGGCGCGGAGCCCGGAUUCCCGGCUCCGUCCGGGAUCCUCAGGCUUCGGCACCCAGCCUCGGCACCCAGCUUCUCGGGGUGAAUGGCGCGGAACUGCAGACACGGACGGCGCUGAGCCCUGCCACGGGCCAUGGCCUCGGCGUGCGGGGCGCCGGGACCUGGGGGCGCGGGGCCGGGGGGCGCGCUGGGCAGCCCGGCCCCUGCCUGGUACCACCGCGACCUGAGCCGCGCCGCUGCGGAGGAGUUGCUGGCGCGGGCCGGCCGCGAUGGCAGCUUCCUGGUCCGAGACAGCGAGAGCGUGGCGGGGGCCUUCGCACUCUGCGUCUUGUAUCAGAAGCAUGUGCACACAUACCGUAUUCUGCCUGAUGGAGAAGAUUUCCUGGCUGUGCAGACCUCACAGGGUGUACCUGUGCGCCGCUUCCAGACCUUGGGUGAGCUCAUUGGCCUGUAUGCCCAACCCAACCAGGGCCUUGUGUGUGCCCUGCUACUACCUGUAGAGGGGGAGAGAGAACCAGACCCGCCUGAUGACCGAGAUGCCUCAGAUGUGGAGGAUGAGAAACCCCCUCUGCCCCCACGCUCCGGCUCCACCAGCAUUUCUGUCUCAAUCGGGCCUAGCAGCUCACUGCCACCCCCAGAGACCCCCACCACUCCAGCUGCUGAGAGCACUCCCAAUGGGCUGAGCACUGUCUCCCAUGAGUAUCUGAAGGGCAGCUACGGACUGGACCUGGAGGCCGUGCGGGGCGGAGCCAGCAACCUGCCCCACCUCACCCGCACCCUAGCCACCUCAUGCCGCAGGCUGCACAGCGAGGUGGACAAGGUCCUGUCUGGCCUGGAGAUCCUGUCCAAGGUGUUUGAUCAGCAGAGCUCACCCAUGGUGACCCGCCUUUUGCAGCAGCAGAGCCCACCACAGACUGGGGAGCAGGAGCUGGAGAGCCUAGUGUUGAAGCUGUCAGUGCUGAAGGACCUCCUGUCAGGCAUCCAAAAGAAGGCCCUGAAGGCUCUGCAGGACAUGAGCUCCACAGGACCCCCAGCCCCACUGCAGCCCUCCACACGCAAGGCCAAGACCAUACCUGUGCAGGCCUUUGAGGUGAAGCUGGAUGUGACCUUGGGUGACCUUACCAAGAUUGGGAAGUCCCAGAAGUUCACGCUGAGCGUGGAUGUGGAGGGAGGGCGGCUGGUGCUGCUGCGGAGACAGCGGGACUCCCAGGAGGACUGGACAACCUUCACGCACGACCGCAUUCGUCAGCUCAUUAAGUCCCAGCGUGUCCAGAACAAACUUGGUGUUGUGUUUGAAAAGGAGAAGGACCGUACCCAGCGCAAGGAUUUCAUCUUUGUCAGUGCCCGGAAACGGGAGGCCUUCUGCCAGCUGCUGCAGCUCAUGAAGAACAAACACUCAAAACAGGACGAGCCUGACAUGAUCUCUGUCUUCAUAGGCACCUGGAACAUGGGAAGUGUGCCGCCUCCCAAAAACGUGACGUCUUGGUUCACAUCGAAGGGUCUCGGGAAGGCCCUGGACGAAGUCACAGUGACCAUCCCCCACGACAUCUAUGUCUUUGGGACCCAGGAGAACUCAGUGGGUGACCGAGAGUGGCUAGACCUGCUUCGAGGGGGCCUCAAGGAUCUUACGGAUCUGGAUUACCGCCCGAUUGCCAUGCAGUCGUUAUGGAACAUCAAGGUGGCUGUGCUGGUGAAGCCAGAGCAUGAGAACCGCAUCAGCCAUGUCAGUACGUCUAGCGUGAAGACUGGCAUUGCCAACACCCUAGGGAACAAGGGAGCUGUGGGUGUCUCAUUCAUGUUCAAUGGCACCUCGUUUGGCUUUGUGAAUUGCCAUCUCACCUCAGGAAAUGAGAAGACUGCCCGGCGGAACCAGAACUACCUGGACAUCCUUCGUCUGCUCUCAUUGGGCGACCGGCAGCUCAGUGCCUUUGACAUUUCUCUGCGUUUCACUCACCUCUUCUGGUUUGGGGACCUCAACUACCGCUUAGACAUGGACAUCCAGGAGAUCCUGAACUACAUCAGUAGGAAGGAGUUUGAGCCCCUGCUCAGGGUGGACCAACUCAACUUGGAACGAGAGAAGCACAAGGUCUUCCUUCGAUUCAGUGAGGAGGAGAUUUCCUUCCCACCUACCUAUCGCUAUGAGCGGGGUUCUCGGGACACAUAUGCCUGGCAUAAGCAGAAACCUACUGGGGUGCGGACCAAUGUGCCCUCAUGGUGUGACCGGAUUCUGUGGAAGUCCUACCCUGAAACCCACAUCAUAUGCAAUUCCUAUGGUUGUACUGAUGACAUUGUCACCAGCGACCAUUCCCCUGUGUUUGGAACAUUUGAGGUUGGAGUUACUUCACAGUUUAUCUCCAAGAAAGGGCUCUCAAAGACUUCGGACCAGGCCUACAUCGAGUUUGAGAGCAUUGAGGCCAUCGUGAAGACAGCCAGCCGUACCAAGUUCUUCAUUGAGUUCUACUCCACCUGCUUGGAGGAGUACAAGAAGAGCUUUGAGAAUGAUGCCCAGAGCAGUGAUAACAUCAACUUCCUCAAAGUGCAGUGGUCCUCGCGCCAGCUGCCCACGCUCAAGCCAAUUCUGGCUGACAUCGAAUACCUGCAGGACCAGCAUCUCCUGCUCACGGUCAAGUCUAUGGACGGCUAUGAAUCCUAUGGGGAGUGUGUGGUUGCACUCAAAUCCAUGAUUGGCAGUACAGCACAGCAGUUCCUGACCUUCCUGUCACACCGCGGCGAGGAGACUGGCAACAUCCGGGGCUCCAUGAAAGUGCGGGUGCCCACAGAACGCCUGGGCACCCGUGAGCGGCUCUAUGAGUGGAUCAGCAUUGAUAAGGAUGAGGCAGGGACCAAGAACAAGGCUCCCUCUGUGUCCCGAAGCAGUCAGGAUUCCAGAUCAGGGAGUCGAAAGCCAGCCUCCACAGAUGCUUCCUGCCCACUGUCCAAGUUGUUUGAAGAGCCAGAGAAACCACCACCAACUGGGAGGCCUCCAGCCCCACCCCGAGCAGGUCCCCGGGAGGAGCCCUUGAAUCCUAGUUAUUCUACUCUCAAACCCAGGUUGAAGCCAGAAGGGGCUACUGAGCCAGAAGGGGUAUCAGCCCUCCCACCCAAGAACAGCUUCAAUAACCCUGCUUACUACGUCCUUGAAGGGGUCCCGCACCAGCUGCUGCCCCUGGAGCUACCUUCACCUGCCAGGGCCCCUGUCCCACCUGCCACCAAGAACAAAGUGGCCAUAACAGUGCCUGCUCCACAGCUUGGACGCAACCGGCCCCCUCGCGUGGGAGAGGGGAGCUCAUCAGAUGAGGACUCUGGAGGUACACUGCCUCCUCCAGAUUUCCCACCCCCACCACUGCCGGACUCAGCCAUCUUCCUGCCUCCCAGUCUGGAUCCUUUGUCAAUGCCAGUGGUCCGGGGCCGCAGUGGGGGUGAGGCCCGUGGCCCACCACCCAAGGCCCAUCCAAGGCCUCCACUGCCCCCAGGCCCCUCACCUGCCAGCACCUUCCUGGGAGAGAUAGCAAGUGGGGAUGACCGGUCCUGCUCAGUACUACAGAUGGCCAAGACACUCAGUGAGGUGGAUUAUGCUCCUGCGGGGCCUGGACGCUCAGCACUCCUCCCCAGCCCCCUUGAGUUGCAGCCGCCCCGAGGACUACCCUCAGACUAUGGCCGGCCCCUGAGCUUUCCUCCACCUCGCAUUCGAGAGAGCAUCCAGGAAGACCUGGCAGAGGAGGCUCCUUGCCCGCAGGGCGGGCGGGCCAGCGGGCUUGGCGAGGCGGGCAUGGGUGCCUGGCUGCGGGCCAUCGGCUUGGAGCGCUAUGAGGAGGGCCUGGUACACAACGGCUGGGACGACCUGGAGUUUCUCAGUGACAUCACGGAGGAGGACCUGGAGGAGGCUGGGGUGCAGGACCCAGCUCACAAGCGCCUUCUUCUGGACACCCUGCAGCUCAGCAAGUGAUAGCGGAGGCUCUGGGGAGCUUGGAUCAGUUAGUGCCUUUCUUUGAAGGUCCCACACAGCCGGAGCUUGAAAAGUUUUGAGGGGCGGGGCAGUGCCUCUCUACUUAUUUAUUGGGGGAUCUGCGUUCCCCACUGCCCAAUCAUUUGGGAUGCCUUAAUCAGUACUUCCUGCCUCUCCCCUCCGCGCUGCUGAUGGCAGUAGCCUGCAGCGGUUCCCAGUCGCUUAGGGGGUUGCUUUGGUGCAGACCCCUCCCUGUGGAGCACCUGGGCCACCACCACCUCCACGGCCAUUUCUGCCCCUCUACCCCCAUGAACCACAGAGGAAGAGUCACUUUCCUCCUCCUCCGAGGGGCAACCGUCCGGAAAUGAAGGAAGAGCCCGAGGACCGGGCUGGGGUUUAUUUAAUAAGUUUUGUUUUGUUUUCUGUGUGGGUUUGGGGAGGGAGGGUACCUUAAUAUUAUUGGGGUCACUGGGGCGGUGGGGGGGGGGGGAGGAUCGCAGGACGUGGGCUAUGUAUUGCCAGUUUGCUUAGUUCUGUCUCCCGGUCCAUACCGCCCAGUGCUGGGAACGAGUGGCGGCUGUAGACAAGAAAUGUCCUCCUGGUGGUCGCGACGGGGGAGGGGAGGAGGGGAGACCCGUUUCUUGCAGUCUGUCCCCAGCCUGGCACUUGGAAGGGUUGAUGUCUUCAAUAAAUUAAGUUUUAUUUG